CGCUCUAUGGACCGGAAGUGGAGGCGGCUUGUCUCGGGGCGCGCCGGGUUUUGUCCUACGCCGGCAGUUUCUGCCGUUGCUGCCGCUCUGGGCUGCUGCCGAGGUCUUUCCCAGUCGUCAUGUCCGCCAGCGCCGUCUAUGUGCUGGAUCUGAAGGGCAAGGUGCUUAUCUGCAGGAACUACCGCGGCGAUGUGGACAUGUCAGAGGUGGAGCACUUCAUGCCUAUCCUGAUGGAGAAGGAGGAGGAGGGCAUGCUGUCCCCCAUCCUGGCCCAUGGUGGUGUCCGUUUCAUGUGGAUCAAGCACAACAACUUAUAUUUGGUCGCCACAUCCAAGAAGAAUGCAUGUGUGUCACUUGUCUUCUCCUUCCUCUACAAGGUGGUACAGGUCUUCUCUGAGUAUUUUAAGGAACUGGAAGAGGAAAGCAUCCGUGACAACUUUGUCAUCAUCUAUGAGCUGCUGGAUGAGCUCAUGGACUUCGGCUACCCCCAGACCACCGACAGCAAGAUCCUGCAGGAGUACAUCACUCAGGAAGGCCACAAGCUGGAAACAGGGGCCCCACGGCCCCCAGCUACCGUCACCAAUGCAGUGUCCUGGAGGUCAGAGGGCAUCAAGUACCGGAAGAAUGAGGUGUUCUUGGACGUCAUUGAGUCCGUCAACCUUUUGGUCAGUGCUAAUGGCAAUGUCCUGCGUAGUGAGAUUGUGGGCUCCAUCAAGAUGCGUGUCUUCCUGUCGGGGAUGCCUGAGCUGCGCCUGGGCCUCAAUGACAAGGUCCUAUUCGACAACACAGGCCGGGGCAAGAGCAAGUCUGUGGAGCUGGAGGAUGUGAAGUUCCACCAGUGUGUGAGGCUUUCACGCUUUGAGAACGACCGGACCAUCUCCUUCAUUCCACCUGAUGGCGAGUUCGAGCUCAUGUCCUACCGCCUCAAUACCCAUGUCAAGCCCUUGAUCUGGAUCGAGUCUGUGAUCGAGAAGCAUUCCCACAGCCGUAUUGAGUACAUGAUCAAGGCCAAGAGUCAGUUCAAGCGGAGGUCAACAGCCAACAAUGUGGAGAUACACAUCCCUGUCCCCAACGACGCGGACUCACCCAAGUUCAAGACUACCGUGGGGAGUGUCAAGUGGGUUCCCGAAAACAGUGAAAUUGUAUGGUCCAUCAAGUCCUUUCCGGGUGGCAAGGAGUACCUGAUGCGGGCUCACUUUGGUCUGCCUAGUGUGGAGGCCGAAGACAAGGAGGGCAAACCCCCUAUCAGUGUCAAGUUCGAGAUCCCCUACUUCACUACCUCUGGCAUUCAGGUGCGCUACCUGAAGAUCAUUGAGAAGAGUGGCUACCAGGCCUUGCCCUGGGUCCGGUACAUCACACAGAAUGGAGAUUACCAGCUCCGAACACAGUGAGGAGCCACCAUGGCCCACCCGGCCUCAGGAUGCACCUGCCUAGCCUGCUGAUGCAGAAGAGCCACCCUGGACAUGGUCUUCCUCCCUCCACAGACCUUGCCAGACACACUGGGUGCAAAGUUCCUUCAUCAGAGCCUUUCUCGGGCCUGGGAAUGGUGUGCAAGCUAACCCCCAGUUGAAGUGCCAUCCCUGAGCCUUGGCUCCUGGUGCCACACUCUCAGCCACUCACCACCUGGGGACAGCUGCCUCACCCACUGGCAGGACAUCAUUUCAUUGCCAUUUUGUUGAGCAUGUUUGUCAUAGGUGUUCCCAAGCUUGUUUUUGUUGUUCAUUACUGUUUUUGUCACCUCUCCAUGUGUCCUGCACAUCCUUGAGCAACCAGUCAGCACUAAGCAAGGACAGCUCUCACCUCCCUUUCCUGCCAUGCCUGCCCAGUCUCUUGAUGGCCACCAGGUGCCAUCCCAGUGCAGGUUGCACCUCAGCCACAUCAGUGUUUGAUGAGAGGGUACAUGGCCUCAACCUUCUCCCUAAAGGGCCCACAGGCAGGUAUGGGUCAUCCAUAGCUGUGCAUGUUUGCCCUGCCUUCACACCCUGUGUGCGUGCGUGCAUGUGUAAUUAAUCGUUCCAUUAAACGCCAUUCAAACUCGC